AUGAAUGUUAAAAAUAUUGUAAUAUUUUACAUUUUCUUAUUUUCGUUCCAUCUUUUUUUUAUAAAUAAAAUCAGAGGUAUUGAAGUUAAAUCGUCAACUAUUAUAAAAAAAGAUGUUAACUUAUUGGGAACCGAUUUAUCAUAUGCAUUGAUUGAUGUUGAAUUUGAUCAAGAUAUUUAUUUAUAUGAUUCAUUGGGAUGUCCAAACUAUAAUUGUACAGAUAUUCCAAGUGAUAAGAAUAUAGAUUGUACAUGUGAUUAUACAGAUAUGAACGAAUGUCCGAAAAUCCGUGAUCCAAGUUGUACAAAUGCAUGUAAUGUCACUGAGAAUAUUUGUAAUGGCGAAUGGACAACUAUUGAAUCGGAUACAGAAAAAAUCUAUACUACAUCAGAGGAUCUAUUUUUUAGAAUGAAAGCCGAUUCAUUUGGUUGUAAAGGUUUAUUUUUAAAAGUUUUACCAAUCUCUGGAUAUGGUCAAGUUUAUAUUAAUGGUAAAACACCAUCAUCAAGCUAUUCACGUUAUUCAUCUGGUUUUUCACCUGAAAGAAAUAUGUUAUUCAAUAUAUGUCCAUCAGAUAAUUGGAAUAGAACUGAACAUUUUACAUUCACAGAUUCUUGGAGUCGUGACACUUACUUUUUAAGAAUUCAACCACUUAGUAACAAUUAUACUUUUAAAAUGAUCAUUCGUUCAAAUGAUGUACCAAGUGAACCUGUCGACACUUCAAAUUGUCAACCAGUAUCAUCUGACCAUAUAUGUGUAACUAUUGGUCAAGUUGUCUAUGGUUUCUUAACAGAUAAUCAAUAUCAACAUUAUUCAUUUCAAGUUGAAAAUGCUGGUUUCUAUUAUUUUAAUUUCCCUUCAAUUUUUCAAAGUACUUCAAUAUUUAUUUCAAACGAAUAUAUAUUUCCAAAUGCCAGUUAUACAACUUGGAAAUUAGAACAAGAUUGUAACGUAUUUAAAUAA